AUGUAACAUUGUAUGGCAUUGCAAUGAUAAAAUAUGUAAUAUGAGCCAUUGAAUUGACGGUCAACUUCUUCAACGUGAUUCAAAUUGAUGAAUAAUCUACUUCAAGUGUUAACACAGUUAAUUCUCGUUUCCCAUCCUUAAAUAAUGUGUUAUAAUUACCAGUUGAACAAGAAAAACAUGAAGUGUCCGUUAAGAAGUGCAGUAACAGUAAAGAUGGACUUGAUUUCUUUAAGGCCUCAACUUGUUUUUGAAGAAGUUAUUUCUUUUUUUUUCUUCUCCUUUUUCUCGCUUAUUAUUAUUUGUAUCUUCCACAAUCAACUUGUGAUUAACUAAUAGUGAAUUGAGUGGAAGCAGUCAAAAUAAAUAUAUAUAGAGAUAUAUAUAUAAUAAAAACAGGUCAACUUGUUCCCGGAUAAGCAAAACCUAUUCACGGUUGAAGAAGUCAACUUGCCCUUCAAGUUAUAUCAUCUUCUUUCCUUUUUUUCACCAGUUCUGCUGAACCUUCUUCUUCCUCUGAAUAAUUCUUAAAUACCCAAUUCUUCAUCAUCUUUUAGCCUGUCUCUCUCUCUCUCUCUCUUUCUUCCUCUUUCUUUCGCUCUUCUUUUUGUAAACCGACUUCUUCCAAUCCCUCUUUCUGCUCUCCAUUUACCUGGCAGAAUGGCAACAAACAUUCAUACUGAGGGCCACUCUUUCGUCCCGGAUCAAUUCACUCCAUGAUCAUCAUCACCAAAACCAUCAUCAUCAUCAUUUAGAUUCCUUAGUCGUGUCUUCAGCUAGCCCUCAGAGUCCACUUUGACCCAACCUUCUUACUCGCUCUCACAACUCUUUACAAAAAUAUUUUGUUUACCGUUUAUUUAAUUAACCUUACCUAAAGAGACAAGUUACCUUCACAUUUCACCUCAACUCCCACUGAUUGUGUAAAAAGUGACUGAUUAUUCAUUUUCUCAAAGUAAUUUGUUUACAUUUUUGUUCUCUCAUUAAAUCACCAUCAUCAGCACCAUAAUCUUCCCACUGAUUGUUGACUACCCAUUUACACUAAUCUAUUUUACUUAUUGGUGCUACAACAUUAAAGUGACAAUUGAUCAAUCAUAAACUUGUGAUUUCUAAUCCAACCAAUUUAUUGUUUUUGAAUUUCAGCCAUGAAAGAUCAGAAGUAGUGCCAUUAGCAGUUGAAACUUCUAGAUAAUUGUAAAUUAAUUUAUCAUCCAUCAAAAUAUAUCACAACAAUGUUAUCGUCCGAUGAUGAAAAGCUUCGCCGAAAUUUACUCAAAUCAGGCCAACUGUUUGAAGACCCUGAUUUCCCUGCAACCCAAUCAUCUGUUUUUUACCACCAAACUCCACCAUUUACGUUUACAUGGAAACGUCCAAAGGAAUUGACCAAUUAUCCAGUUUUCUUGGACGAUGCAAUUUUAUUCAAUUCCCACAACUUUUUUGAUAUUAAUCCCGGUAAAUUGGGUGAUCGUUGGUUAGUCUCAACAAUUGCCUCUUUAACCUUAACAAAAGGAUUAUUUUAUCGCGUUGUACCAGCUGAUCAAUCAUUCGAUCCAGAUAAUUAUUGUGGAUUAUUCAGAUUUCGUCUCUGGUGGCAUGAUGAAUGGAAAGAGGUUGUCAUUGAUGAUCGUUUACCAACUGUAAAUAAUAAACUUGUUUUCAUCCAAUCAACUAAAGGUGAUACUUUUUGGGCUUCGCUAUUGGAAAAGGCUUAUGCAAAGCUUCAUGGCUCCUACGAAGCUCUCAAAUAUGGUUCAACCAUUGAAGGAUUAUCUGAUUUCACUGGAGGUGUAGCUGAAAGUAUUUCUUUGAGAGAGGAACCAACAUCUUGUUCAACCUUGAUAAACAAACUGCUCUCGAUGACUUCAAUAGUAACUGCUGUUGUUUCCAAUGAAAAUACUGCAAUAACACCAAUCAAUGGAAGUCCAGUAUCCAGCUCAUAUGAAAGGCUUGCCAAUGGAAUCUAUUUAGCAACCAAUUAUCGGGUCAUUGAAGUUCAAAGGUUAGAUCACAAAGAAUCUUGUCCAAUAUUGAUUAAACUAAGGAAUCCCCUGGGAACCAGUUCAGAUUACAUUGGCAGCUGGGGUAAAGAUUCAAUAGAAUGGUCCAGAUUAACAAAUGAUGAGAGGAAAACUCUAUCUUGUGAUGAGGGUGAAUUUUGGAUGUCCUAUUAUGAUUUCAUGAAAAUCUUUACCUCACUUGAGGUGAUCCAUUUGGAUGCAGAGACAAGUAAAGAUGAACCAACGCUGAGGGGCAAAUGUCCUUGGUGUAUUAAAUUUUGGCGAGGUAUUUGGCGUAAAGGUGUAACUGCCGGUGGCUGCCGUAAUCAUGUACAGACCUUUCAUACUAAUCCUCAGCUCAUGAUAACUCUUAACAAUCCUGAUACUCUUGUCAUUUGUUUAAAUCAACAUUCUGUCUUAGAGCCUAAAGUAAUCGGAUUUAGCCUCUAUUCGUGUAGUAACAUUGGCUAUACAGGUGAAACUCGACUGGAUAAAAGUUUUUUCAAGCGAAAUCGUUCAUUACACAAUUCACUUUACACCAAUACCAAGCAGAUCUCAUUGAGGUGCCAAUUAGAAGAGGGUAAAUUUGUGCUUAUACCAACAAGCUUCGAACCAGGACAGGAAGGUCAAUUUUCAAUAAGAGUUUAUUCGAUUCAUUCUAUCAAAUUAUCAUUUCUUGAUUCAUCACCUUCACUUAUAAAAUCACCCAUAAUCAAAGCUCCACCAUCUUUUGACCUUAAAUUUAGCCAAUAUGAAACCAUGUUUCUACAACUUGCUGAUGAGCACAAAACCGUUAAUGCAUUCGAGUUACAGGAACUUCUUGAAAGCUGUUUACCCAAUGAUUAUGUGAAAAGCUGUGCUACCUUGGAAGUUUGUAGACAAAUUAUAGCAACUUUAGACACAAGCAGCUCUUACGGCAGAUUAAAGUUCACUGACUAUAAGAACAUUAUGUGUUCUUUGCGAUUCUGGCAAGCAAUAUUUAAAAAUCACACCAAAGGUACUUCAGGUAUUCUUAGAGCUGAUAAAUUGAAGGAGGCUUUACAUGAUGUCGGCUUUGAAUUGAAUGUGGAAAUCCUUUCAUACCUGGUUUUAAGAUAUAUGAGGAAAGAUGGAACCCUUAGAUUCGGUGAUUUUGUCCACAGUAUACUUCAUCUAUGCAUUGCGUUCACAUUAUUUGACAGAAAGGACCCAAUGAAAACUGGAACAAUCAAGAUGAGCUUAACUGAAUGGAUCAAGGCAUGUUUGCUGUCAUGAUUCAAAGACAAUCUCAAUUUAUUAUCCUUGUAUCUCCGAAAAAGGUGAAUGGUGAAACCAUUUCGUUUAAUUGUUGGCUCUUUGUAAGCUCAAAACCGAUGCUGUGAGCUUUGUUGACUUGAUUCUUGUAAUCUCACUGAAAAUGGUGUAUAUUAUUUAAAUUAUUGAAGAUAUUAGUAACAAUAACUUUAUAUCACAUUUAUAGAUUAUUUACUUACUCUUUUGUGUAUAAAUUGUAGUAAAAAAGAUUAAUUUAUCGCACAGAA